GCCAUCGCUGUUGUUCCCACCGAAGUCGAGCCUUCUUCAGUUGGCGAGGACGAGCGAUGGACGUGGACGGGGACGCGGUCCAUGACACACUCAGCAAGGCAAAGAGGGCGGCUGUGGCAGCGGCCGUGAACAUGAUACUCAUCAGGUGUCAAUUGCAGAGGACGGAGGGGAGGAUGAGAGCAGCCAUUCGCGCACGCCGGAAGAAAACGCUGCAGUCCAUUCAUGUGGACGAAGAGGGCAGCGGUGCCAUUUACGACGCUGUCCUUCAGGUGUGCUAUGCCAUGGGGUGUCGAGCGUUUCCCAGAGCGACGCCGAGGUGGUGGAUGAAACGUCGAACAGGGGGGGUGUGGGAGGAUCUGCGGCAAUGCGACGACGUGACGGAAGACUACUUCAAGGACAAGCUGCGCAUGUCGCCACGGGUGUUCCGGGAGAUAGCGGAAACUCUGUCCCCCUUCCUUCAAUGGUGUGUCACGUUUUACAAGGAGCCCCUCCAGCCUGACCUCAUCGUAGCGUUCGCUUUGUACAGAUGGGCGUCGGGGGAGACGUACGAGAGCGGGACAUGCAGCUUCGGCAAUGGCAGAAAGUCUGGGUUGGUGGCUGUGCGGGAUGUGGUCGUCGAUCUGAACUUGCGCGUGCCGGAUGUGUUCGUUGGAUACCCCGGGAGCUGCCACGACGUGAGGAUCGUCCACCUGUCCAGUUUGUGGGCGCGUGCGGAGGCAGGGAAGCUUUUCACUGGGCCACCUAUCAUGCUGCCUUUCGGUGUGGGAACGAACGGCUAUCUAUUGGGCGACAACGGUUACCCCCCCUCGGAAUGGGUAGUCAUCCCCUACGGCGGUGUAUCACAGCACCCGUCGGAGAUUCGGUUUGACAACAAGCAGAAGACGGCGAGGGGAGCAGUCGAGAGGGCUUUCGGCAGAUUGAAGGGGAUGUGGAGGUUGUUCCUUCACUCCCACAAGACGAACAUGGAGACGUUGCUGCAGCAAUUCGUCGCCGUCUGCAUUCUGCGCAACAUACUCAUCGACGCGGGCAUCCCGUUCGACGACAAUCUGCUGUGGGAGGUCGGGCCGGACGGUGUUCGUCGCAGGGUUGACCUUGGGAUGCACCGCCCGCUGAGGCAGAUGUGUAUGGAGUCGUUGACGGGGGAUGCGCUGAUCCUGCGGGAUGCACUGGCGGAGCGAAUGGGACAUGGCGCAAGACGCACCCGCGGUGACGAUGACAAUCUGGACGACGAAGGUGAGGAUCUACGGAAAGGCGACGAUAGUAGUGAAGACAACGGGCGAAAAGACGUGCUCGCCGAGGACAAUGUCGCCGAAGACGACUACAAAGAAGACGCAAGCAGUGAAGAGAACUACGUUGGCGACGGGCACGGCGACGAUGGCGAUGACGGCGGCGAUGUUGAACAAAAAGGCUCGAUGGCGACGAUGGCGACGAAGGUGCGGAUGCAGGCUACGAAGGCGACUCAAGUGGCGCAAACGACUGCGACCAAAAGCAGAACAAGCGCGGCGGGCGGCAGGGACUGCGUGAGGUAGAGAGAGAGAGAGUGUUGUCGUGCAUUUGCGCAGAACGC